UUUGGUUGGGUCUUGGGUCCGUCCGAGCAUCCCGCACCGUACCGAAGUUAGUCGCUUGCCAUGUUCACUCGCGAUCGGUUGGACUGCUGCUCCUCCACAACAACAAUAACGAACGACACGGACUCCGGGAGUUUGUUGGGACCUUAUUAGCGGGGUUUUCCGCGUUUCCUGCAAUCAACGAAGACGGGUUAUCCUCCUCGUUGAAGUGUGUUUAUUCCGUUUUUGUUUCGCUUCGGUCUCCCAAACAUAUAACCCCAUGCCGAUUUGGAGAGCUUCCACAUUGCAUUUUCGCGCGACACUGAUUAGCGAAAGAGAUUGUUUGGUGGUGCAAGAAGAAAAGUUUUGCGGUGCGCGCGUGCAAGACACAGAUCGCUUGCUGCAUUUAUGUUGGAAAAUAGUGGCGAAACAGCGAGAAAAUAAGGAAGAAAGUAAAGUGGAAGCGCAGUGAAAAUUGGGCCCGAGCGAAUUUUGCCCAGCAGUACCAGUUUCCGAUUGUGUGAUUACUUACUGCAAGUUGGAGCUGUGCAGCGACUGAAAACCAAAAAUCGAAAAAGAAGAAAAUACGAAGAGAAUACCAAUUUUGUGGUGCAUGAUAGAUCUACACAGAAGACGGUGUUCGUUGAAAGUCGAAGAUCUGGAUUGCAUGCUGCCAAAUGCGCGGUUCUGGUGAAUAAUUUUAAGUGAAGCAAAACGAAUCGUAAUGAAGUGGAAGAUGUUCAAGUGAAAUGUUGCAUCAUAGAUAAAGAGAGAUAAAAUAAGGCGACAGUCAGAAUCGCCGUUUUCUACGGAAGAAGAAUGUGAAGUGCGCGUGUGAGUUGAACUGUUGAACAACGAUAGCAAGCAGAAAUGUCCAGCGUGCAUGCGGUGUCCUUCAACCGGCAGUACGGAUCGUUCCGUACGACCAACGCCGGUAUCCCGAAAAGUCCGGUCAUCGGUGGACUGAAUCGGGGUCUGAUCGCGACAAUCAGUACCACAGCUCAGCCGAACAGGGUAAUAACUCGAUCUUUGGCUACCUCGUCGACGGCUUCAUCCGCAAGUGGAGCGGCAGGAGGCGGUCAGUCCACGUCCUCGGUGAAAAAUCAAGAAAAUCUUCCUAACACCAGAGUUCUGGCCGUGACACCUCGCAGCUGUCGAAAAGCUCUGACUUCCAACGGCGGUCACACAACGAAUGGUAACUGUGCCAGUAGCAGCAGUACCAAAAAGAUUGGACUGAACUCCCCUCUCCAAUCGCCGCAAAUAAUCCGCUCGACGCGGAUCGAGCAGAACAACUGGAACAAGAAACUGACGACGUCCAACUUCUGCUCUCUACACUCCAAGUCUCCGGGCAGUUCCGGGACCUCGGUGGAAUCGAUUGUGCCAAAAUAUACCAAUAGCGUUAGUAGUAACAACGGUGCCUUAAAAGCUUCCUUCCCGGCCUUUGGAGCCCGCGGCAACGCCGCGGACGGUCUCAUUACCUCCUCGAACGGAUCUCAGAAGCGCGUUUACAAUGUUAACAAACCAAUAGCUAGGGGCGCCACCAAGCCGUGCGUCGGUAGCACCCAUAGCAACAGCAGUAGUAGUAGCAACAAUAGCAGCACCAGCUGUGCCAAUAGUAGUAAUAGUCGUAUUAACAAUGGCUGUGUCGCGCACAAAAUUGUCACCAAGAAGCUGUACAGGGAGAGCAAUGCCCCCAGCGGGUACGUGGCUCAGAUGGCUUCGGCCCUCAGCAACGGACUGAACACCAACACCUCGACCGUCAAGACCUCCACGCACAGCAGUAGCAGUAGUAGUAGUUCCUAUUCCAGUAAGUUCCCCAACGGACUGCCAUUCGAGAACGAGUUCUACCGUCAACCGAGGCGCUCGAUAUCGGAAGUGCGCCCCACGGAGUAUCCCUCCCGUCAGUCACAGCGGCGCAGCAAUUCUUCCGAUACGGUCAGCCUGUCCGCCUACGGGGACGAGUUCUCCCGAAAGCCAUCCAACGAAGACUUGUUUGUAGAUUUCACCAAAAGCCUACCGGAGACGCCCAGAAUGCGCCUAAACCGGGGCUCACCCCUGUUGCCGCCACUGGCCAAGCCGAGCUCGUCGGUAACUGCGGCGACCUCGUCGAUAGUUGAGUAUAGAAACAUUAACCAUAGCAAUUACUUUUACAAAUUUGAAAGCAUCCACGUCGGAGGUGGUGGUUGUGGUGGUGGCGGCGCCAAUCGGCACCUGCGCCGACAGCGACGCCCCAGUAGACCUCGGUUGCUCGACGAUUCCCGGAACAACAACCGCGACGAGGUGGAGGAGGAUGCUGGUCCCGUGGAACCGAUGGCGGUGUCGACGGGUCCGGAUCGAUGCGGCAGUGGUAACGAGAACGGAAUUGCGAACGGCGAAGAGGACGACGACGACGACGAAGGUGGUGACGAGAUGGAGGGCGAGCGAUCCACCGUGUACGUAGCCGUCGCCACGUGGGUUCCCAAAUGCAACAGGUUGCCCUACCAGCAUGAGUCGCAGCAGCAGCACGGCAGCGGGAACGGCGGACCGAUGGCGGCGGCUGGCGUUCUGGGGCCCACGUCCGAUAAUUCAGACUUCGAUGGCUCAUCGCGCCGACGGAGGGAACGCUCGAAACGCUCGCACCACCGCCGCAGUCCGGACUCGAGCCGCCGACGGAACCGGGACCGGCACCGGGAGGACAAAUCCUCGCGCCGCCACCACAAGGAUCGGGAUCGUAAAGAGAGGGAAGAUAGGACGCCAGUUAAGGUAAAAUAUUUCCAUUUUUUACACCCUACAAUAUGCGAAUGCGUCUCGCGCAGUCCGUACAGGGCGGGGUAGCGAGCGCGCGGGUCG